AUGUGGAACAUCACUAGCAAGGCUCCAGGCUGGAGAGGAAUGCACCUGGACUGGGCGUUCCACACCAACUUGCUGGAUUCAUGGCCGAACCACUGUUCUUGGCUAUGGUGGGACUUUGGCGCAGGCGCAGAGGCAGUGGGCCCUUCCCCGAGCAGAUCGAUAGCUAACUGGCGCCUGAGCAUCGUCUCGCAACUCUCCUUACCGGCCAGUCUCGACGCAUCUCCUGGGUGCUCUGCUGGCUGGUGCGUCUGCGGAGCUGCAGCUGCCAUGGAGACAUCGGACGCUCAUCUGCAGACUGCUAUAGUCUUGCAAAAGGUUUGCGUGGAGCAGCGCGGGUUCGCCUCCAGCACGCUGAAGAGGCUGCCCAGGGCCAGUGCCCAGGGCACUCGAGAUGGGUGGGCUGCGUACUCCAACAGCAAGCUAGACUGA